AUGCCCCAUCCCUACACCUCUCAGCAUAAUCCAGCCGCUCCUCCAACCUUCAAGUCCCGCAUACACCUGUCAGGAAAUUCUGUAUUUUCGGCUCACAUGGUCAUUCACAUCCGGCACAGUCUAUCUGUCGCAGCUGUAUCAUUCGUUAGGGGACCCUCCUCGAGAAUUGACUGGGUGGAUUCCAAGCUAUGCCUUUGGGAAUCUUGGGACUGCGUUGAAAUGAUAGAUGCGGUUGGUGUCGCAGGGACAGGAAGACUACUCGAUUCUUUCGAGGAGGAGGGUGACAGCAUCAACAGUGAUAGUAUCAACAGUGAUAGUAUCAACAGUGACAGCAUCGACAGUGACAGCAUCGACAUUGAUAUCCUCGACAUUGAGAGCAGCAACACCAACAACGACGUCCCAACAACCUGA